CUGCAAAAGCAAAACAGACACACCCCCUGAAAAAUCGCGGGAUCCGUGCUUCUACAGAGUAGUCCUCCUGAAAUACAGGUUUUGUAAACUUCGGGACAGUUUUAGUCAGAGUUGCGGUGUUUCCUUUUCAUGUAAGAGAUCAUUUCAGCUCGUUCAGUUCGGUUCUUUCUGUGUUGUUGCUGCUGAAUUUGCGUUUGUGCUGCAGCUUGCUUGCUUGUUGGGGACAAACUGCGUAUUAACUAAAGCAACCUGCGUCCAUGUUUGGUUGAAUCGCAGAGGCUAUGAAAAUCGUGGGCAUGCGGCGGAGGCGCGCGCCUCCGGCGUCCCGCAUCGACAAGAGGAAGACGCGCAUGAACGCGCUCGAGCAGCUGCUCGAGGACAGCGAUGAAGGGUCGUACUGCAGCACGACGACCAGCGACGGCUCUGUAAGCGAGUACCAGGAGUCGGACGACGCGUCCCGCAGCUCGGACAGCGACUCUGAGUCUCCUGCGCCGAAACGCGCGGAUGCGGGAGGCGAUGAUGACGAUGACAACAACAACAACAACAACGACGACGACGACGACGGCGGCGGCGGCGGGACGGAUGAGGAAAAGUGCGCCGUCUCGCGCCGUCGGCGGAAGCGAUCGGCCAGCGCGAGCAUCCUGGACGACGUUACGAGCGAGUCUUCGGACAGCGACGUGGGAGCCGAACCUGUCCGGAAAGCGUCGGGGAAAAAACGACUCAAGCUUUCCGACUCCGAGGGUGAAACUGGCAAGGACAAAGAAGGAGAAGUGGAGGCUAGAGAAGCAGCUGCCAAGAGGAGAGAGAGAAAAAAGAAACUGAUGGAGCUGUUGAAGAAGAGAAAGACGGGUACCCCACUGCGCAGGCGCAGAACCUUGGGUUCGGAGGAGGUCGGAGCUGCGGAAGAUGAAGACAAAGAAGACAAAGAAGACAAAGAAGAAGUGAACGACUCUGAAGACGAGUCCAGUGAGGAGGACAUGGUUCGCUUAAUAGACAGCAGUGAAGAAGAAAAAGAGGCCGACAGUGACAGCUUGAAGGACUUCAUUGUAGAGGAUGAAGAGCAGAAAGAAGGAGAGGAAGAGGAGGAUGUGGUUGAAACAGAGGACAAGAACUUCCUGUCUCACCUUCCACGCCAGUUCAUCACCGGAUCUCAGUUUACCCACUUUCAGGUGGUGGUCAAAGCCUUGUUGAUCAAUGCACUGGACACGUCCUUCCUCAAGACGCUUUACGAUGGUGAAAGGACAAAGCGCUAUGCUGAAGAGAUGAAAUCAUCAUUGCAUCACUUUGAUGAGCGACUGGUGCUUCCGCGUCUGGAAAAUCUAAAGCAGAGGAGCCGCUGGAAAGACCGCUACAAAGAACGGGUUGAGUGUUAUCCCAAAGUGCGAAUUAGUAUGGUGAACAUCCGCACUAAGGGCUGUGAAGCGUGUGAGCUCCACCGAAAUGGCCGCUUCUGUGUGCGUCUGUCCGGGCAGCUGUAUCACAACCACACACUGCAGGAGGACCAGUUCAUGCCCGAUGACUCGCAGAUGUUCUUUGUCGGCUCUGUCUGUGCCAGCCGUACUGAGGUGUACCAUGCGCUCAAACACUUCAAGUACCAUCUGUUUGAGCGCUGCCGCACUGCCCUGGAGGAUCAGAAAGAGGCAGAGCAACAGACGCAGGAGGGAGACGAAGAUGAGCCGGUGAAGGACACCGUGAAUAAAGUGUUCACCAAGCUGAUGGACGAAGGCUGGAUUACUGAGCAAUAUGAUGAAUUUCAGGAACGUCUUAAUGCUGCAGAUUUCUUCCAAGAAGAGAAGUUGGACUGAGAAGUGGACGACUUUUGUUUUAGAGAAAGCACUUCUGUAAAUAGUUUGAUAUUUAACUGAAGACAUAAUUAUCAUCAAAAUCAGUGUCAUUUCAACAUAAUGUUUUAUAAACAUACGAGGUCUUAUUACUUUGUUAUCCAGUUGCUUUUGCAUUUUCCUUUUUAAAUCGGACAUAGGUUUUAUUUUACGCUUGUUGAUGCAAGAGAGUUUGUAAUAUUUAAAAACUACUUAACGCUUGUAAUGGAUGAAACUUACAGAAAAAAGUUAAUAAAUUUACUCUGAGAAAUGUC